AUGACGAAGCAGUUUUUCACUGCAGCAGGAACAGCAACUUCAGCUUUGAGUGCAAUUAAUGUGGUGACGGGGAACGCGCAGCUGCAGCAGCAGCAGCAGCAGCAGCAGCAGCAGCAGCGGAUGAUCGCAGCAAACUCCGCCCUUGCUGCUAAGAUGGGCACUGCUGCUAUGCGCUUCGUGCCCAGCGAGACCUACAGCCCAGAAGCAAAGCAGCUGCUGCUGCUGCAGCGCGAGCUGCUGCAGCAAAUGUGCAGACCCAGGGACCCCCCAACCCCGCAGCAAGAACCAAUUAUUUGCGAAGACAUCGACGAGUGUGCUGCUGCUGCUGCUGCAGGACGCUCGGCCUGCCCCCACAAGGACCUAAUUUGUGUCAAUACCCCAGGCAGCUACGAGUGCCGCUGCCCCGAAGGCCUCCGCUGGGACGAGCAGAGGGGCAAAUGCGAAGACGUGGACGAGUGCCUGUUGGCCCAAGAGGAAUUUGCGCCGCAGCAGCAGCAGCAGCAGCAGCAGCAGCAGCAGCAGCGGGAGCAGCAGCGGCUGCUGCUGGUGGCCGCUGCCCGGCAGCAGCAAAACGGGCAGCUGGUGCCAGGCCGCGCAGCAAUUUGCGACGGCAGCUGCACAAACUUGAAAGGUUCUUACAAAUGCGGGUGCCUGCCGGGGUUCGAGCUCGCUGAGGACGGGAGCUGCGUGGACGUGGACGAGUGCGCGUUGGGGCUGCAUGCAUGCGAACACUCCUGCGAGAACAUUGUGGGGUCUUACCGCUGCGUGUGCAGUGUGGGGUGGGCAGCAGACCCGCAGCAGCCGUCGCGCUGCGUGGACGUCAACGAGUGCAGCAGCAGCAGCAGCAGCAGCUGCUCGCACUCCUGCGUCAACACCCUCGGCUCUUACCUUUGCCAGUGCCCCAAGGGCCUCGAGCUUGCUGCGGACCUCAGGACCUGCAGGCAGCCCAAGAGCUGCCUCGAGGACCCCACCAUCUGCACUGGCGACUACGUGUGCGCGCGGGACCCCCCCACGGGCCAGUGGGUCUGCCGCUGCCCCGAAGGCUUCGUACCCACGGGGGGCCCCUCGGGGGGCCCCUCCCAGGGGGCCCCCCAGUGCGAAGAUGUGGACGAGUGCCUCCAGGGCUUUCCCCAGAGGGGCCUCAACCCCUGCCCGGACCCUCUGCGGCCUUGCUGCCUGAACAUCACUGGAGGCUUUCAGUGCCUUGCUAUGAGGCGCCGGGCCCUGCUGGACCCCCGCAGCCUUUCUUGCGAGGCCCCCAGCUUUGCCUUUAGCCCUUAUAGAAUUGCCUCUGCAACCGACCAGUGA